AUGAAGGUGUGCAAGAAGGUAGACUGUGUCAUCAUGGCAGACAGCAACACAAGAUGCACCACCACGAGCACUGCCAAAACCAGCACCACCACGAACACUACCACCACCAACACAACCGCCAGCACCACCACGAGCACUACCAGCACUACCACCACCAGCACCACCACUACCACCACGAACACUACCACCACCAGCACC